GGAGCAUGCUUGGUCACUGUAACACUGGAGUUCACAUAGAGUAUAAGGAACGAAACUUCACAGCACACUCAUAAAUGCACACAAACGGGCAGGCGGGAAUGAUCUGAGGUACAUAAGGCUGUUGCUUGCGUUCGUGAUCUCUAAUGCGGCCGCAGCGCUUUGCCAGUUAGCCAAUGGUACGAUUAUCUACGUUCAUUUGGUCUCGAACAGGAUGACUAGUGACCAACUUUAUCAAAGCAUGUUACUUGCUUAUACGUCAACUCAACUUUUGUGCCCUCUUGUCUUCUGCUUGGGCCGAGUGGCAUUUCUCCGAAGGGAAUCAACAAGGGCAGCUAACUCGGACAACGACGAGAGCAACAUCGGGCUAAAUAUUCGUUGAGAACAAAUUAAGGCCAACGGCUUUAAUCGGUCUAAGUUCUAGAUUGG